AUGGCGGAUGAAUUUCAACUAGGCAGUACUGGUAACUGGUGGGAUAUAUCAAGAGACAGAUUUGAGACUACUUCAUCAACACAAUCUUCGAUUUCUACAACGUUAAAUAACAACAACACGUCAACCUUUGAAUGGCCGACGGAAAUAUCCGAGAUCAAACCACGGUCUUCCAUGAAUUCCUCAUCAGUUUUUCCAUUUUCCAACAAGUUGCAAGAGCGGGAUCCCAAUUUACAAAUGAUGGGACUAGGACUUUCAUCUCAAGGAAUGGAUUGGAAUCACUCUCUACUUAGAAGUGAAAAGGCUAUGCUUCAAGAAGAUACGAAUUUUCAGCAAGAAGCUAGGGCAGCAUCUUCUCAAGACCAGUGGGCCAGGCAGAAAAUAUAUUCCGGCAGUGCUGAGGAUUCUUCAAUUAUGAAUGAUUUUAAGCAAAUCAACCGGGGUUUCUCUUUAGACCAGCAGGAAUACAGUUCUCAAAUGAGCUCUAACGACACCGCAGGAUCAAUAUCACAGGGCUUAAUGACGAGUUUCCAGAUGGAUUCCGCUGCCUAUGGAUUGUUAUUAUCCGAUAAUCAGCCACAUCAAUCCACUUAUGAAAAUCCCGCAGUGAAUUAUCAGGGACCAGGACCGUACCCAACUAGCUAUGGGGACAGCACGGGUGUAUUAUUUCCUUCUUCAUCUAAAUUUCCGCCAUUUUUGAGAGCUUCUGCACCAAAACAACCACCAGCUGGUCACCUACACUUCAAUAACAACACUCCUUUUUGGAAUGCAUCUGCGCAACAGUUGCUGCCGGCGAUGGCGCUGAUACCGACGGCAGACGCCGCUGCUAAAAGUAGCAGCGGCAGUAGCGGCGUCUGUUGCUGCUGUAGCAGCGCAAAAGUGCUACCGCUACAGAAGCGCUUUCGCGCUGCUGCAGUGGCUGUCGCCGCUUAA